AUGCCCGAGCAAGCAAAGUCAGCGCCCAAGAAGGGCUCCAAGAAAGCCGUCACCAAGACCGCAGGGAAGGGCGGCAAGAAGCGCAGAAAGUCCAGGAAGGAGAGUUACGCCAUCUACGUGUACAAAGUCCCGAAGCAGGUCCACCCCGACACCGGCAUCUCCUCCAAGGCCAUGGGAAUCAUGAACUCCUUCGUGAACGACAUCUUCGAAAGCGUAUCGCCGGGAGAGUCCUCUCGCCUGGCCCACUACAACAAGCGUUCUACCAUCACCUCCAGGGAGAUCCAGACCGCGGUGCGCCUGCUGCUCCCCCGUGAACUUGCCAAACACGCCGUGUCCGAGGGCACCAAGGCCGUAACCAAGUACACCAGCUCCAAGUAAACAGCGCAUUUGGACUGCUCUACUAACCCAAAGGCUCUUUUAAGAGCCACC